CUGUGCAUUGAAGAUGUCUGUAAUACAUGAUAGCAUUCCAACCCUUGGCCAUGAUGAACAUGCUCUUCAUUCCUUGCAUACGACUCGAGUAACAUGACUCCCUCCGGUACAGUACUUGUAUCAGCAGCAAUGGCCGGAGAUCACCACAGUGUGGCAGAUAUGGUGUUUCAUCCAUUCCCCAGGCUCCCGACCAAGAUUCGAAUGACAAUAUGGCGUUUAAGUCUACCGACCACCCGAACAGUUUCCAUUCGAUGCGAUACAGCCCAUUCAACCUGGGGAACUUCCCCAGCAAAAGUCCCGGCCAUCUUACACGCCUGUCGCGAAUCAAGACAAGAGGCCAUACGAUUCUAUGGUAACUUGAAGUUCGGAAUAGCUGGCUUAUCAAAAAUCUAUUUCAACCCCGAAGUCGACGUCUUACACUUUGGUCCACUAAAAGGUUUCAUGGCGGCAUCCGCACAGUACUUUACGGCCAUGUCUUUGUCCGACGCAUCAGACCUGAUGGACGUCCGCUACUUGGCUAUCGACGAUUCCGUUUUUGGAAACGGACUCGACAGGGGUUCUGUGUCCGAACUGGUUACGCGUACCAUUCGUGAACUUCCACGGCGUAUGCCGGGGCUGAAGGGAGUUGU